UUUUUAACCAAAAACAGCAUUGCCUUUUAAAUCAAAAGAAAACGUGUGAAUUUGUGAGAGGCAAAAAAAAAGUUUCUCGAAUUCCAUAUUUCUUUUGACUCAAAGAAUCUUUUCCGUAAAUUUUUUAAAGUUCGAGUUCUCAAGUUUUGGUUGUUGUCGUUCCAAAUGGUUUUUUUUUUUGAUCAUUAAGAGAAAAACAAAAGAUUAUUUAUCAAUGAAAUGGAAUGGAACAACAACAACAACAACAAUCAAAUAAUCAACAACAAAAAAAUGAUUCAAUAAAAUUACAACGUGAAUUAUUUUAUAAACAACAACAACAACAACGUUUACAACAACAUGAUUUAACAAGAAAUAAAGAUCUUUCAGCUGAUCAAUUGAUAAAAAAUAUUCUUGAAAAAGUUGAUACUGAUGCUAAGAUAACAAAAUUUUAUAAUACUCAUCAUUAUCAACAACAACAGCAGCAGCAGCAACAACAGCUACUUAAUGUAAAUACUCAACAAUUUCAUCAAAAUCAACCAUGUAUCAACGAUAUUCAUUCGAAAUCGAUCGAAACUAUUGAAACAACAACAAAUUAUUAUUCAUCAUCAAUUGUUAUUCCACAAUGUUUUUAUCUUCAUUCUGAAAUUCCUGAAAUCUAUCUUAAAAUAUGGCAAUCAGUGCAAUGUAAUUCAAUUGGCAAUAAUGAAUCUGAAUUCUGUGAUCGUGAUCGAUUAUAUCAGAUUUUAAUUACAUCUAAUCUAUCCAAUGAUGUUCUUGCUAAAUUAUGGUCAUUUGUUAAUCGUACUAAACCGGGUGAAUUAACACGAAAUGAAUUAUUCGUAUUAUUAGCUUUGGUUAGUUUAGUUCAACAAAAUGUUUCCAAUCCAUUACAGGAAUUGUAUUCAAUACAAACAAUACCGGUGCCAUAUUUUUCAUACUUAUUCCCUAAACCUCUAUUAUGUCAACAAUCAUCGACAUCGACGAUAAUACCAGAACCACUAGAACAAAAUGAACAAAAUAUUUUUCAAUCUUCUCGUAAUGAAAAUGAAUUUUGUGAAUUUAAAUCAGCUUCGACGAUUGUUGAUGAUAAACAAGAAAUUAAUAAACCUUUUCCCGUUGAUGAUUUUAUUGAACCACCAAAAUAUUCCACUUUAAACCCAAUCGAUAGUAUUAUAACCGAAGAUCUUUUAUUUGAAGUAUCAACCCCGAACACUAGUCAAGAACAAAUGCAACUCACAAAUAGUAAUAACAAUGAAGAUGAUGAUUUUGGUGAUUUUAUUCAAACCGAAUUAAUUGAAACUUUUAAUGUGAACGAAGAAAAUCCCACCAAUAAUGAUUUCGAUGAUCAAGAAGAUCUUUUUGCCACUAAUGUCAUUCAACCAGAUUCCAAUGAACAAAAUGAAUUUGAAGAUAAAUAUAGUUUUUUUAGAAAAUUUCAAAACGAAAUAUCAUCUGUUCAGGAAGAAUUUGGUGAUUUUCAUUCACAACCAAUCGAACAGGAAUGUUUGACAAAUCAUCAAGAAAUUAUUCCUAUAGCAUCAACAUUAUCAUCAUCAUCAGCAUUGUUUAAACCUGAAGAAAAAAGUUUUCAAGAUAAAAAACGAAUAAAAGAAAGAAUUUUAACUGCAAUUAAACAAGUGAUGCAUAAAACAUUCAAUGUAUUGGCUGUGAAUCAUGAUGAAGCAUCUGUAAUCGAAACAUUAUCAUCGAAACAAGGCCAUUCGUUUGCUAAUGAUUUAUAUCAGGUAUAUAAGAUUGUCGAACGAAUAAAAUUUGCAAUCGAAAAUAAUAAUGAUAAUGAUGUUGAUAUUGAUAAAUGUCGUACAUUAGUGGAUGAAAUUGACCGAAAUUGGAAUUCUAUUCAUAAUCUAAUGAAAAAAGCAUCGAUUACAUUGAAUGAUUGUAUUGAUUCAAAAGAAUUUCACUAUAAAGGGGUCGAUAAUGAUGAAAAAUGUUGGAUUUGUUCUACCAGAGUUAUCUGGAAUUGUCGAGUAAAUUAG